GAGAAGGGAAAGUUUGGCCCGUGUGUGGGGCUGGGGUGAGGGCGGGACAGAGGGGCUGGGCCCAGGCGAAGCUUCUGUCGCUGGUGCUGCGGAGGCCGAGGACAGGACGUGGGCUGGGCCGGGCAGUGCCGGACACAGAGGAGCAGGAGGCGAGGUCCGCCGGAGCUCCGAGCCCCCGCCACUCUGCUGCGCGGUGACCCCGCGCCCCGGCGCCGUCCGACCCGUGGCUGUUGAGAGACGAUUGGUGGGGGCGCGGCGGCGGCUGGUGGGGGUGGGGAGACGCGCGGCGAGGAGACGAGCGAGGUCAGCGAGUUUGAGCGAGGACCGCGAGCCGCUGCCGCCGUCAUGUCCGAGGACUCGAGCGCCCUGCCCUGGUCCAUCAACAGGGACGAUUACGAGCUGCAGGAGGUGAUCGGGAGUGGAGCAACUGCUGUGGUCCAAGCAGCUUAUUGUGCCCCUAAAAAGGAGAAAGUGGCAAUCAAACGGAUAAACCUUGAGAAAUGUCAAACUAGCAUGGAUGAGCUCCUGAAAGAAAUUCAAGCCAUGAGUCAAUGCCAUCAUCCUAAUAUUGUAUCUUACUACACGUCUUUUGUGGUAAAAGAUGAGCUGUGGCUUGUCAUGAAACUGCUAAGUGGAGGUUCUGUUCUGGAUAUUAUUAAGCACAUUGUGGCAAAAGGGGAACACAAAAGUGGAGUCCUAGAUGAAUCUACCAUUGCUACUAUACUACGAGAAGUACUGGAAGGGCUGGAAUAUCUGCAUAAAAAUGGACAGAUCCACAGAGAUGUGAAAGCUGGAAACAUUCUUCUUGGAGAAGAUGGCUCAGUACAGAUUGCAGACUUUGGGGUUAGUGCUUUUUUAGCAACUGGUGGUGAUAUUACCCGAAAUAAAGUGAGAAAGACCUUUGUUGGCACCCCUUGUUGGAUGGCACCUGAAGUUAUGGAACAGGUCCGAGGUUAUGAUUUCAAAGCUGAUAUUUGGAGUUUUGGAAUUACAGCAAUUGAAUUGGCCACAGGGGCAGCUCCUUAUCAUAAAUAUCCACCAAUGAAGGUCUUAAUGCUGACACUGCAGAAUGAUCCUCCUUCUUUGGAAACUGGUGUUCAAGAUAAAGAAAUGCUGAAAAAAUACGGAAAAUCAUUUAGAAAAAUGAUUUCAUUGUGCCUUCAAAAAGAUCCAGAAAAAAGACCAACAGCAGCAGAACUGUUAAGGCACAAAUUUUUCCAGAAAGCAAAGAAUAAAGAAUUUCUUCAAGAAAAAAUAUUGCAGAGAGCACCAACCAUUUCUGAAAGAGCAAAAAAGGUUCGGAGAGUACCAGGUUCCAGUGGCCGUCUUCAUAAGACAGAGGAUGGAGGCUGGGAGUGGAGUGAUGAUGAAUUUGAUGAAGAAAGUGAGGAAGGGAAAGCAGCAAUUUCACAACUCAGGUCUCCCCGAGUGAAAGAAUCAAUAUCAAAUUCUGAGCUGUUUCCAACAACUGAUCCUGUGGGUACUUUGCUCCAAGUUCCAGAGCAGAUCUCUGCUCAUCUACCUCAGCCAGCUGGGCAGAUGCCUACACAGCCAACUCAAGUCUCUGUCCCACCCGCCGCAGAGCCAGCAAAACCAGCUCAGGCUUUGUCUUCAGGAUCAGGUUCACAAGAAACCAAGAUCCCAAUCAGUCUGGUACUAAGAUUAAGGAAUUCCAAAAAAGAACUAAAUGAUAUUCGAUUUGAAUUUACUCCUGGAAGAGAUACAGCGGAGGGUGUCUCACAGGAACUCAUUUCUGCUGGCCUGGUUGACGGAAGGGAUUUAGUAAUAGUGGCAGCAAAUUUGCAGAAAAUUGUGGAAGAACCUCAAUCAAAUCGAUCUGUCACUUUCAAACUGGCAUCUGGUGUCGAAGGCUCAGAUAUUCCCGAUGAUGGUAAACUAAUAGGAUUUGCCCAGCUCAGCAUCAGCUAAACCACAGCCCUGGAAGAGGUGGCCCAAGGAGAUUCCACACAUGCGUAUCUCUGUUGCUUCUGUUGGCCUGAACCCACUACUGCCAAAGAACCCAGCAACAAACCUCCCAGCUAGGAGCUUUAGAAGUCUUUCUUUAUGUUCUUCCUGCCAUCAUUCCUCCUUUUCCCACAGGGAAAGUCAAGUUGGAUCACCAGUGGCCAGCAUCCCCAGAGUUCCGUUAGUAAACUGACUUCAUAUGUCCCCUGUCUUCCUCCAUCUGAGAAGUGGCCCAUGUGCUUCAAGGCCCAGGAGGGAGAUCUGUCAGCUCAUUCUUGCCUUACUCCAGUGAUGGCCCAGGUGGAAAAGUAGCAGCUAUAUUGGGCUUCCUCAUCCUGCCUGUUCUCCCACACCUGCCAGGAUAUGGACAUCUUGGGAUAUCUCUUUACCACUGAAGUAGAAU